ACAAUCAAAAUAGGUGAUAAGAAAAAUUGGUCAAUUUUUUCCGAAUUUUUUGAGGAAAAAAGCAUCUGUUGGAACUGCAGUGGUAAUUUUAACAUGAAAGGAAGCUGACUAUGAAUCAGUAUUUGAAACAUGGCAGUAUUAAACCACCUAUUUUUAUUAACUGUGUUAUUUCACGUUAACGUUAUAAGUAGAUCUUCAACAUCGACAGCUCCGAAUUUGGGCAGACCUUUCUACGCGGAUUAUCUAAGUACAAAAACACCGUAUCGAUUUAUAGAAAACACGGACGAUGCAGAAAUCACAUACGAGGGUUGUGAAGUAAAAAAAUUAUGGGCUGUGCUAAGACAUGGAACCAGAACACCUGGAAAAGAAACUACCGAUUUUAUUAAAAACAGACUGCCAAAAAUCCGCGAUUUGAUCGUUACCUCAUCCAAAAACGACGAUAGUUGCGAUAUAAAUAGCUUCAAAAAAUGGAAUUUUCACGCUGAACUCGAUGAUCAAAAAACAUUAACUCAUACCGGUGAAGAUGAAAUGAUAAAUCUUGGUGAAAGAUUUGGUAGCAGGUUUCCUAAAAUUUUACCAGAAGAUUGGUAUAAUUCAUCUUAUUUGUUUCGAUACACGGAUACUGAAAGGACUAAAAAUAGUGCUAAAUAUUUUACGACUGGUUUAUUUGGUAGAAGAAUAAGUAAUCAUGUAUGGUACCCUGAACCAUUGAAAAGGGAUCCUAUUCUCAGGUUUUACAAACUUUGUGAGAAAUGGCGUAUGGAUGUGAAAAAGAAUCCAAAAACUUAUAAGGAAUUGGAAAAAUUUUUAUCGAGUGAGAUAAUGAAUCAAGUAGUUCUCAAUAUUACUAAUCGAUUAGGAUUACCAGAAGGGACGCUGGAUACAAACGAUGUUCAAUUAAUUUAUACAACUUGUUGUUUCGAAACCGCCUGGGACAAGUACAAGAAAUCCCCUUGGUGUGAUCUACUCACAGUGGAAGAAUUCAAGAUAUUGGAGUAUACCGAAGAUAUGGAGUAUUUCUGGGUGGACGGUUACGGUCACGAAUUAACUCCUCAAAUAGCCUGCGUCAUGUUACAAGAUGCUUUUCAACAUUUAAAAACUGAUAACGAUCGUUUAGCAACAUUUUAUUUCACUCAUUCGGGAACGAUUUUGAAACUCUUGAGUCAUUUGGGUUUAUAUCGAGAUUCUACGCAGUUAUCUCAUGAUGCUUACGAACAAAGUAAACACAGGACUUGGAAAACAUCAAAAAUCGACGUAUUUGCUUCAAAUAUCGCGUUUGUUCGAUUCGAUUGCUCCGACGGUCCUAAAAUAUUAACGCUGCACCAAGAACGUCCAGUGAAGUUACCAGGGUGUCCUACCAGUGAAGACUUAUGUCCUUUGAAUAUAAUAGAAGAAAUAUACGCUAAAAGUUUAACGUCGUGUGAUUUCGAUGCAAUGUGUUCAUUGGAUGAAGAAUCGUUGUAUCAAAAAUUAGCGAACAAAUUAAGGAGUAUUUUCGGUUUAUGAGGUGCAGUGUUGUUUAGCACAAAGUGGACGAAUCUCAGAUGAGCUUUUUCUCCAAGUCAAUUAAGUUAAUAUUAGUAGGUACAAAUGUGGGUAUUUAAUUGGGUAAGAUAUAUAUAUUUUUUUUAUUUUAAAUUUUAAUUCAAUUUUUGAUAUAACGUCUUCGGUGUUUGUUCAUAAGAUUUAACUGUGAUUUUAUGUUUUAGAUACAUACGUAUUGUUUUGCUUUUAAUCAAUGAUUCGUUUUUACCAAUGAAAUUGUAUUUUUUUCAAAAAAAAAUACAUAAUUUUUUAAACGUUUA